UUCGAAGAGAAGGUCUACUACAAGGUCGGUGAUGAUUCCGUCUGGUCUUCUCCCCCCAUUGCCCAUAAUACCCCAUUCGUCAAUUCUAUUUGCGCUCGCUGCGCGGCGCUGUGUGCUGGCCCCGCUGCCCUCCAGGCUUUGUGUGGGGUGGAUGGGGAACGACUUACACCAGUCGCUGGUAAGGCCAGCCUAUGAUGUUGCAGCUUUGAUGCCUUUAGUUUCUCGAGGCUGGCACCGAGUCGACACCACAUUUUGCAUCGCAGUUGCGCGCUUACAAAAGAAAGAGGAGGACACAGCAACCAGCAGACGAGUCGAAAAAGGGGGGCGUCCAAGGAUGCAAGCGCAUUCUCUUACCCUUUCCCCCUCGAGGUUGAUGUCAAGCCGAGUUUUGGGAAAUGAGCAAUUCGAAAAGCGCUGGAGAACGACAUUGCUCACUUGCUUUGGGGCUGCUUUCCCUGUCGCAAGUGUGGAAAUGUUUGAUGCUCCAUUUCCAGUGUGAUCCGCGGCCGUGCUACAGCGGCCUCGGGCGGUUGCUGGGUCCCAUUUCUUAGGUUGGCUAUGACGCAACGCAACAUCGCGUGACGGUAGAGAGCCACCAGGGUCCCCAAUAAGCGAGCCAGGCCAGAGCCGCAUGCGAGGCCGUGACUGGCUGGAACGCAACCAAAUAAUGGAGCACUAAGCUCCAGAAAUACAUCGGUGGUCUCCAAGCCGGCGUGUUGCACACGAACAAGCAGGGUCUCUGCACUAGUGUGGAGCUGCAGCUUACUUUAUUUCAUCACUGCCAGACAUUGCCUUGCUCCUGGGAGGUGUUUGGCAGCGUUCUGGCGCCUCUUCGGGUGGCAUUAUCGCAUGCGCUCUGUCGUGUUGCCAAGUUGGUUGCCAGAGAGACGAGGGUACAGGUGGAAUGGGAUUUUGCCAGCCGGGCAGGGGCAGACCAGGGCAGCGAACGGGCAGUCUCGCUCCUGCUUCGUCAUCCAAGCGCAACCCCUCCUUACCUCCUCGACCUGUUUCCCGCUUACCUUUCACUUUCCAAAUUUUCACAUAUAAACGAGACACAAACCAUCCAACUCUCUGACCAAGCACUGACGCAAUCACAUUCAACAGUUUGUUGUGGACGGACGCUGGACCACCGAUCACACCGCACCACAAGAAAAAGACCACGAAGGGAACGAAAACAACGUUUUGCUACCCCAGAACCUCAUCAGAACCACAGACAUAUCAACACAAGAACCCGAGCAGCAAGCCAUGUCGAAUGAGAACCGCAAGGCAGAAGGGAGCAGCAAUACAGGAGAGCCCAGCUUUGCAGAGACCAUCAUGAGCGCACUCAACACUGUAACUCCUGAUACGACUGCGCAAUCUGUCAGCAACCCUCUAGAGAAUAAGAAGAACCACGGCCCUCCAGGUGGCUGGGUUGAGACCCCUGCGGCCGACGGCGACAAGACCUUCAGCGUGAGCCCUCUUCCUGCCACAGAUGGCGCUCUCAACCCCAUCGACCUCAAGCCCGGCGAGAAGAUCCCUGAUAGCAUCUCGACCCAAAAUGUCGAAACCCACGUUACUCUAGAUAAAGAGUCAUACGAAAAGAGCGACCGCAUUCCUGGCGUCGAUUUCAGCACAUCCCCUGUUGCUACCCCUACCGUUGCCACUGGCGCGCAGACCGACUUCAAAGUCGACCCUCUUCCUGCAACUGAGGGUGCUCUCAACCCCUUCAAGCUCGCGCCCGGCGAAAAGAUUCCCGAUGACGUCAGGGCUGCAGACAUCAACACCAAUGUUACACUUGAUAAGGAAUCAUACGAGAACAGCGCCGAUCGGAUUCCCGGCCUCGACGCCGCAUUGCCUCCGAUUUCCAAGAACAUGAUCCCCGAAUCCAGUCUUCCCAUUACUAGCAACAGCGAUGUCUUCAUCAACACCGUCACUCCCGUCUCAACCACUGCUGCCUUGGCUGCCCAGGUUCCCUUGGACGACUGUACGGUUCCCGAGGCUGUUAGGCAAAGUCAGGAGGAGGCCCACGUGGAGCCCGGCGCAAGUGGUAUAGCCGAGGAGGUAAAGGGCAAGGCCGCCGUUGAGGAUGAGCUAAUGCACAAGGUUUCCAAGGCCCCCUCUACCUCCGAGGGCACUGCUGGACAUGGCACUGAAAAGGCUGAGACUGACUUGUCCCUUGCUGAUGCCGUUGCAUUCGCUGGUAAUGCCGCCGCUGCUGCUGUUGUCGGCGCUGCCACUGUCGCCGCCGACAAGCUCCCCGGUGUGCUUGAGAGCACCGCAAACGCCGCGGUAAAUGUUGGUAACAAGAUCCCCGGUGCCGUUCAAAGCGCCAGCGAAGCGCUUGGUACCACCGCGAAUACCGCCAAAGACACCACCAGUGAUGUGCUUGGCAGUGCUGCCAAUGUUGCUGCUAGUACCGGUACCCAGGUGCAGGAAACCGCCGCCAACACUGCUAGCUCAGUCCAGCAGACUGCCGCUGACGCUACAUCGACUGUUGCAAGCAGCCUCCCGAGUGUGCCAGACGUCACUGGCCACCUACCACAGGCGGUCCAGAAUAUUCUCCCUACAUCGCUUCAACCGGCGUCCCAAAACGGUCAGGCUCUUCCUACUUCUGCCGAGGUCGAGAGGUCACUUGCGGCAGAGAAGGCAUCACGCGUUGAGGGGAUUUCUGCGGCCGUUCCUAUUGAGGUCAAGGAUUCCAUUGAGAAGGCUGGCGAGUCACCUGAAGCUACUACCAAUGCCGCCGCAGUCUUGGAGAAGCAGGCCGUUGAGGCCGAGCUGCUGAGAGAGGUGAAGCCCACACGGGCCGAGCCCCCUGCCGUAGCCGUGUCGGUUCCAUCAGAAGUCAGGGAUUCCCUACAGCAAGCUGAUGAAUCUCCCGAGGCUGCUGCUUAUCCUGCCGCUGUUGAGGAGAAGAAGGCCGUUGAGAAUGAGCUGCUGAAGACUGUGAAGCCCACGGAGUCCAUCCCGCUAGCCUUUGCCUCGGCGGUUCCAGGAACCGUCAAGGAUUCCAUUACAGAAGCCGGUAAGGCUCCCGAAGCCGCAGCCAAUGCCGACGUUGUAGCGGAGAAAACUGCAGUCGAGGCCCAACUUUUACAGGAAGUCAAGCCCGUCGAGGUAGUAGCCGACAAGAAGGCUGUUGAGGCUGAACUCCUACACGAGGUCAAGCCCACUGAGCCUGUUGGUGAGUCGUCCACAAAAGCAACAACCAAUGGCACGGCAGCCAAUGGUUCAACAGCCGCUGCUUCCAAGCCCGCUGAGACACCGGUCACUCCAACAAUGCCGACAACUACGGAGGGGUUCCCGCCGGCUGCCAAUGGCAAUGACAAGGUGACUGAGCAGCCUACUGUUACCACUGGCCCUGAGACCACAACCACGACCACGCUCUCUACCUCUACCACCCCAGAGAGAAAGAAGAAGAACCGAGUCAGUGGUUUCUUCAGUAAGCUCAAGCACAAGUUCGCUUAGAGACAAGCAUAGUGCAUUGGGCGUGAUUGAUUCUUCCUCUUUCUUCCUUAUUGCUGUCAUUGUCUCGUUUUAAAUAUUCCCCAUGGGCUGGAAGGUUGAUGAAUUGGUAGGACGCAAUGCGUCUUUGGCUUUGUUAUUUCUCUCAUGUCAUUGGGCACUUAUUGUCAGAUAGAAGCGCACAUGCAAUUAAUCGUGCGCUCGGAAUCUUUUGUCCUUUUGAUCUGUUACCCUUCUGCUUUUGAUGCUCUCUCAUGAUGCACCUGAACGAUGGAAGGCACAUGAUGAUGGCAGGAAACCGUCCUAGCUACUCCACCUAAACUUAGUCGUAUGUUUAAUACUUAUUCCUGUCAACAGUACCUGAGCUAGGUCCUUCCGGCGUCUCUGAAAUAUGAUUGCGCGGCAUGGAACCAGGGGAGAUUGGACUUGGUGGAAAAACAGGCGCAACGGUGAUGACCUCGUCCAAGAGUUUCCAAUAUUGCUUUCUCAGUUGUCGAUUUAUUCCAAGUUGUCAUGGACAUUAAUAUACUGGAUGUUGGAAGCUAAGCAUGAUUUGGGCAUUUGUAAUCGAGGAUACACUUUGAAUUCUUAUGUUUGCUACACCCUGCACGGAUUUCGCAGUGCCUUGAUGAGAUCCCUAUAAUCAC